AUGUUGAUAUGUCAUAUUUAAAAUAUAUGUUGUGUAUUUUUAAUAUUUGAUUAUGUUAAUUAUCGACUUCGGACUUUAUGCUAUGCAUUCGGAAUAUUUGAUUAUGUUAAAUAUCGAUUUCGGACUUUAUGCUAUGUAUUCAGACUAACAUUGUUGAAUGUCCAACAUUCUCCUCUAACAGGAAUUAUGUCCGACACUGCUGUAAAAGCUUUCAAAUAUAAUAAAUAUAAUGAGCCUCGUACAAAUCAUAUAUAUGCCGGUAUACCUGUUGUUGAUUUUUUAAAAUCAAGCAAUAGUAAUUUUCAGAGUUCUGGGCCAAUUGGAAGAAAAAAAUAGGUUGAGAUCGGUCGUUUUGUUUAUAAAGUGAAAGAGAAGAAGUCCCUAACUAGAAAUUGUGUGGCGAUGAAUCCCACACAAAUGGUAUGUUUGAGAAUAAACGAAGUACAUGUCGCUACUUUUCUUUUCCUGAGUGAGAUGUUGCACUCAAAAGCUUGGAGUUGGAAGUCAAUCCACCAAUGCCAGAUGUAUUGAAGGAAAAAUUGCAUAAACUGCUUGAGAAUCAGGUUGUCAUCAAAUCACAGAAAAUUCUUAUGGAUGUUAAUGCUUCGAGCGGUGGAACAGGAAUCAUAUCUUCAAAUACAACUCUUCAGUUGAGGAGACGGAUUCUUCUUGAUCAGAAUUUUGAUCUCAAAUCAGUUGGUUUAGGUGGCUUGCAAGAACAAUACGACAAAAUCUAUCGUCAAGUGAUUGUACCACAUCUUAUGGUUGCAAAAGGAAUUGAAGUAAAAUGUCCUCGUGGGAUACUUCUUCACGGACCCCCUGGAACUGGGAAGACGGUUCUUGCAUAUAAAAUUUCCUGCCAUUUAAGCGAUCUAGAAGCAAAGAUCAUCAAGGGACCUGAAAUUUUCAAAAAAACCAUGGGAGAGUCUAAGCGAGCGGUUCGAGAAAUAUUUGAAGAUGCUAGAAAAGACUUUAAAGAGCAUGGAAAAAAGAGUAAGAUACAUGUAAUUCUAUUUGAUGAACUUGAUUCAAUUGCUUGGCAUAGAGAUAGACGUAGUAGUGGUUCGAAGGCGAGAGAUUUAGUUGUAAAUCAACUAUUAACAAUGAUUGAUGGCCCGGAUAGCUUGGACAAUAUUCUUGUCAUUGGUACAACAAAUAGGAUAGAUUUAAUUGAUCCUGCUAUUUUAAGACCUGGUCGUUUUGAACUUCUUAUUAAGAUGCACUUACCAAGUAUUCAAGAAAGACUAGAGAUUUUGCGGCUACAUGUGUCAUCGAUGAUACAACAUCCCUCUUCAUCCACCGAUAUUAAUUUUGAGGAAAUAGUGAGGGAAACCGCUGGAUACUCUGGGGCUGAUUUAGAAGCUCUAGUGAGGAAUGCACUAACUCGAGCAUUUCUUCGCGACCCUGAAAACUUGAUAGUUACAAUGGAAGAUUUUCAAUUUGCACUGUCAGACGCAAAACCUUCUAAUCAAUUAAAACCAACGAGGAAAAAUAAGAAGAUAGACUUACCUGAGCAUAGGAAUUCUUAUCAAACUUUAAAGCGCUUGGUUGAAGAAUGGCAACACAGCAUGUGCUGCUCUAUUAGAAUUCUUUUAGAAGGCUCACGUGGCACCGGUAAAAGCUUCAUGGCAACUAGUAUUAGAUUAACUAACGAGUUUGAUGUUGUUGAAAUUAUCACUCCCGAUGAUUUUAUAAACUUGUCAGAAUUACAGCAACGUGAAAGGAUUUUGAAGAGUUGGAGACGCGCUCUAGGUUGUCCUCUAAGUUUGAUCAUAAUUGAUGACAUAGAAAGGUUUGUGGAUAACAAUUCCCAAGGUGUAUCGAAUGCCUUGAAAACUUGCCUGAAAAUAAAGAUACCAAAGGAUCACAAACAUAUGGUUAUUGCAACUACAAGUGAUUUGGACCUUCUAAAGUCUGUAAAGCUUGAAGAGGAAUUUCAGAAAACAUUAAAUGUUCCAAAACUGACAUCAGAAGGCGCUGUAAAGGUUAUGGGUCAAUUGUUUUCUAUUCCUUCUGAAGAGUGCAGCAGACUGGUAACCGACUUAGCAAUCGACUCUGCACCAAUAUCAAUUAAGGAUUUGAUUAGGAUACUUGAAUUAGCAAACAAAGCCACAAAGCAAGAUGGAACAAGUACCAGUAGCAGUGUUACAGACAUCGAUACUGCUAGCAGAAUAGGCAAGCUGAUGCUAAAAGUGGUUUAAAUAAGGGAAAACAUGUCCAGCAUGGAACAAAAUUCGGGGUUUUAAUAUUUUGGAACUUAUCCUGUUUGGGUUUGCUCUCCGUAGCUUUCUUUUUUUUUUAAAGCUUUUCACUUUUUUAUUAUUAUAGGGUAAACUACACUUCAAGUCACUUAAUUAUGGAUUUAAUAA